CUGCGUCUCAAGGCCAUUUUCAAAUUUCAUUGGUGAGCUUGUCAUGUGGUAGAGAGGCUUCCUGAGCAACACGGAGAUUGUUGUGCUAGAUAUGUCAACCUACAAAGGACAUCUCUCUCCUUUUUAAAACUUCUCCAAAAAUGUCCUUUCCCAACAGCUCUCCUGCAGCAAAUACGUUUUUAGUUGAUUCGCUGAUUGGCGCUUGCAGAACAGACAGCUUUUACUCCAGCAGCAACAUGUACAUGCCGUCCGGUGCAGAAAUGGGAACUUAUGGAAUGCAAACCUGUGGACUCCUGCCGUCUCUCGGUAAACGAGGGGACGUCAACCACCAAAAUAUGGGCAUGAAUGUCCACUCUUACAUACCUCAAAUUGAUAACUGGACAGAUCCGAAUAGAUCUUGCAGAAUAGAGCAACCAUCCAACCAGAUGCCCAAUUGCACAUUUUCACAAAACAUUAAGGAGGAGAGUAAUUAUUGCAUGUAUUCAGACAAGAUGACAAAGGUCAACUCGUCCGAUGUCCCUGUAUAUUCUAAUAUAAUCCCCGAAUCGUGUUCAGUUGAUGGCCCCGAGAUCCCUGUUCCGGGCUAUUUCAGACUGAGCCAAACUUACGCGAGUGGGAAACACCAGGACUAUGGCCACGAGAUGACGAGUCCAAACACCACAUUGAUGCAGCUCAACAGAAUUACUCCCAAACCGCAGUUGUCUUCCUUUGUCGAAGUGGAAAAGAAAACGGCUGAUAUACCGCAUAACCGGGAGAUCAGCAGGACACCCAUCCCCGCGGAAAGCCCGGAUCCAAAGUCGAGCGCGCAGGAAGAGAAGAAUUGCUCCACUGAAGCUUCAGUCUCCAGCCCAGAGUUGCCAAAGAAGGAAGCGAAAGACAGCAAAACUGACCCUCCAACGAGCAAUUGGUUGACUGCAAAAAGUGGAAGGAAGAAAAGAUGCCCCUACACAAAGCACCAGACGCUGGAACUGGAAAAGGAGUUUUUAUUCAACAUGUACCUGACUCGAGAGCGCCGUCUAGAGAUCAGUAAAGGCGUCAACCUCACCGACAGGCAAGUCAAGAUCUGGUUUCAAAACCGCAGGAUGAAGCUCAAGAAAAUGAGCAGGGAAAACCGAAUUCGGGAACUUACCUCAAAUCUCACCUUUUCGUGAGCAUGCUUACACAUGCUUGUUUUAUUGUCCCAUUCCUCUCUCUUCAAAGUAGUGCUGUGGCAGCAUUGGACUUGUUAUUUUGUUUUUCACUGAAACUGUGACUGUAAUUGCUA